AUGUCGAACCCGCUAGAUACCGAUGCCGGCUCUGAGCUGUUCAGCAGUUAUGAGACGGAGCUGAAGCUGGUACAGGCCGAUCUGAACCAGAAGCUGGACCAGAUAGCGGAAUCAAGUGGUGAGCAACGGAAAUCAGCAAUAACACAGGCUGAACGAGCGUUGGAUGAGGCCAAUGAGUUGCUAGAUCAAAUGCGCAUGGAGAAACAGAACAUCCCCUCAGCAGCACGGUCAAAAGUCAACAUUCGUUUUCGCAACUAUGCCACCGACGUUGACGAAGCCAAGCGGAAGCUCAAAUCGCUCUCCGACGAUCGCAGGGCGCUCUUUGGCGACCGCUACACGGACGAACCACAAGAUGAGCAUCUGGAGCAGAGGCAGCAGCUUCUUUCCGGCACCGAACGUUUGGAACGGAGCUCUGCCCGUCUACAGGAGAGCCAGCGGAUUGCACUCGAAACGGAGGAUAUCGGCCGUAAUACAUUAGCCGACCUCUACCAGCAACGGCAGACCAUCGAGCAUGCGCGAACGGGGCUGCAGCAGAGUGAGGGUUAUGUAGAUACGAGCAUCAAGACUCUAAGGGGCAUGGCCCGUAGGUAA